AAACACCAUUCUCUGCUUUGUCUUCCUUACAACCACAAAAACAAACAAAAAGCAGCAAUGGCUCCUUCUUCUUCUUCUUCUUCUUCUUCUUCAACUCAUUACUCACUUCUCAUAAUAAUGCUUGCCACCACUUUCCUCCUUACACCCGCUAACUCCCUCAUCCUCACUCUCGUCAACAACUGCAACUACACCGUCUGGCCCGCCAUCCAACCUAACUCCGGCCACCCCGUCCUCGCAGCCGGCGGAGGGUCCGCUCCCGCCACCUUAGCCCAGUUCGAGGUCCACCACGGCGCCGGCGACUACUCGUCGUACGGCGUGAGCGUGGUGGACGGUUUCAACGUCCCUUUCACCAUCACGCCUCACGAGGGAAAAGGCGUUUGUCCCGUCGUAGGUUGUCGGAGCGAUCUGGUUGCCACGUGUCCCGUGACGUUGCAACACCGUGUGCCUUCUGGUCAUGGCCCCGUGGUUGCUUGCAAGAGUGGGUGCGAAGCUUUUCACACGGACGACUUGUGUUGCCGGAACCAUUUCAACAACCCUCAAACUUGCAAGCCUUCGGUGUAUUCCACCUUCUUCAAGCACGCGUGCCCUCAGGCUUUUACCUUCGCACACGACACACCUUCUCUCAUGCAUCAGUGUUCUUCUCCGCGUGAACUCAAGGUCAUCUUCUGUCAUUAGAAUAUUGUGUCUUUUUAUGUGUAUUUCAUUUUCAAGUUUAGUGCUUUGUUUAGGGUGUGAAGUGUGAACAAUGUUUGAGUCAAAAAUGUUAUGUAUGGAGUUUGUGCCUGAGCUUCACGUGAUGAACUGAUCAAGGGUACAGUGGUUACUAUUUCUGGUACUUUCUGUCAAAUUUACUGCUUAGACUCCAGUUUCAAACGGACCAAUGCUUUUUACA